CCCAGGUUCGAUGUGUCCGGUUUGUUCGCAAGCAACCUAAGGAUUCGUCCGGCAGUGACAUUCCCCCAUCCCCUUCCCCCGCCUUCCCCAGUUCAUUCUCAGGCCCGCACCAGCCAGACCACCCUGUUCUGACUCGUCCACUAUCCUGCCACAUGUCGUCCUCCGAGGCUGGAUAACACCUCAGACACCGCUGAGUGUAGGUGACAGACUAUCUGCUGGUCACUAUCCUUUUCUGCUUUAACGGAAAGUGUGCGUGAGAUACGGUGAAAUUCAGAACUCCCUUUUACCUGCGAACCUGAUCUUGACCAGAUCGAGCGGGUGCAACGCCAGCGUGGAGACCACCCCGCCGCUGAUACCAGCCACCAGGUUCUCAUACUUCACCAGCUCCAAGAACUUGAGCAGGGCACCUGUCCAGCUCAGCUCAGCAUCGGGGGCCUGCCCGGCUCCUGAGGACAUUCCUCUUCUCCGUGAGAGCCCCUUGGAGCCAAAUAACAAGCGACACCAAUAGAAGAGGGGCAACUGCCAGGCACGCGCGUCAGAGGGCAGAGGGCAAAGGGCAAGGCGCCGCUAUCGCUCCGCCCCUUACGUCAACGUUUUCACGGCGGGGCCUGGUAAUUCGUGGCCUAACGAAUAGACGGAGGUCACGGCUAAAUUUGAAAGCGAGUUGAUAAGGUUUACAUAGUCGUUGAGCUAGACUGGAAUUGGCUCUCCGUACAAUGAAGGUGAAAAUCCUGUCCCGCAAUCCGGAUGAUUAUGUUCGAGAAACGAAGAAUGAUAUUCAGAGAGUUCCAAGGAAUUAUGAUCCUGUACUGCAUCCUUUUGAGAUACCAAGGGAAUACACGAGAGCACUGAAUGCAACCAAGCUGGAACGGGUUUUUGCUAAACCUUUUGUAGCAUCAUUGGAUGGUCAUGGGGAUGGAGUGCAUUGUAUGGCCAAACACUUUAAGAGUUUGUCCAGAAUAAUCUCUGGAGCUUGCAAUGGCGAGAUUAAAAUUUGGAACUUAAUGAAUCGUCAGUGCAUCCGUACUGUACAAGCGCAUUCUGGUUUUGUCAGAGGGCUCUGUUCCAGAUUCUGUGGUACAUCCUUCUUUUCAGUUGGUGAUGAUAAGACCAUCAAGCAAUGGAAAAUGGAGGGUCCUUCAUUUGAGGAGCAAGAAGAACCAAUACACACAAUACUAGGCAAGACUGUUUACACAGGAAUUGAUCACCAUUGGAAGGAUGGUGUGUUUGCAACUUGUGGACAGCAGGUGGACAUUUGGGAUGAGCAGAGGACCAGCCCAAUCCGCUCGUUUACUUGGGGUGUGGACAGUAUCAGCAGUAUUAAAUUCAACCCAAUAGAGACUUACCUUCUUGCAAGCUGUGCUUCAGAUAGAAAUAUUGCUCUGUAUGACAUGAGACAGGCAACCCCCUUGAAAAAGGUAGUCAUGGACCUACGGACUAAUGCUAUAUGUUGGAACCCCAUGGAGGCCUUUAUUUUCACUGGAGCAAAUGAGGAUUACAAUUUAUACACAUUUGACAUGCGCUAUCUUGAUAGCCCUCUAACAGUGCACAUGGAUCACGUUUCAGCAGUACUUGACGUUGAUUACUCUCCAACAGGCAAAGAAUUUGUCUCGGCCAGCUUUGAUAAAUCCAUACGUAUUUUCCCUACAAACAAAGGGCAUAGCAGGGAGGUGUACCAUACAAAACGUAUGCAGCACGUGAUGUGUGUAAAGUGGUCUGCUGAUAACAAGUAUAUACUUUGUGGUUCUGACGAAAUGAAUAUCCGUUUGUGGAAGGCUAAUGCUUCUGAAAAGCUUGGUGUACUUUCACCAAGAGAAAAAGCUAGUUUGAACUACAACCAAAAACUGAAAGAAAAAUUCCAGCAUCACCCUCGCAUCAAACGCAUAGCCCGUCACCGCCAUUUGCCGAAAAUGAUUUACAAUCAGUCAAAGGAACUCCGUAUCAUGAGGGAAGCUCGUCGCAGAAAGGAACUAAAUCGUCGCAAGCACAGAAAACCAGGCUCUGUACCAUUUGUGUCCGAGAAGAAGAAGCAUAUUGUGGCUGUGGUAAAAUAGUUUUUCUCUGAGAAAAAAACAUUAAGCAUUGGAUAAGAUUACAGAAGUGAAUUUUGUUAAAACUCGAUGGGAGGUAAAAGUAGUGUUGCCUCAGUCUUGCAGAUACUUAUUUCAGAAAUUGUGAUAAACAUUGGAAAUACAUCUUCAUAAAUAAUUUUCUGUAUAAGCUGUUUCAAUGGACAUAUUUAAAUUAUCUGAAUAUAAAGUUUCUAGUAAUGUAUCAUGUGGAACUAAAACUAUGCCAACUAUCUAGCAAUGGAGAUAACCUUUUUAUAUUAUUAAAGCCUCUGUUCGAUAGCUUCGAGAAAUUCUAUUCCUAUCUAUUAAUGGUACUAAUAUUAA